GUGGAAUAUUUAGUCUAUGUUUUCUUAUCCGGCUAGAGGUCCUAUAGAGGAUUACUAGUGAAAAAGUGAAAAAUAAGUGAAUAUAUAGAAACAGUUCAACAAGUUGUCAAAGACGUUGAGAUCGACUUGUCCAGACUUUGGAAAAUGUCCACCUGACAGGUAAGAGAUAUUCUUGAAGAAUCGUUCCCGAACACGUACAAGUUAUGUCCGAUCCAGAAAAGGCCGUGAAAACUGAGACAAAUAAAGAAGUGGAAAAGCCUGAAGGAAUUUUUGGGAUUCGCCACAGGCAGUAUGCUCUGCUCUUCACUGUAAACCUUCUAGCCUACAGCAUAAGAAACGUUUUGAAUGUAGCCGUAAUAGCUAUGAUAAGUGAGAAUCCUCCGGAUGAAAGUGUGCCGACCUAUCCGGAAUGGUCAGACAAGAAAAACAUAAUGCUCUCAUCGUUCUUCUGGGGAUAUAUUUGCCUGCAGAUAGCAGCUGGUCAGAUAGCCAAGAACUACGGACCUAAACUGUUCCUCACCGGGGCUGUUUUCGUGUGUUCUAUGUUUUCUGUACUAAUACCCUUAUUCGGAGAAAGAUUCGGGUACGAGGGCAUCAUCCUGUGCAGGAUAAUCCAAGGACUGUCCCAGGGAUUCAUUUAUCCUUCCGUGCAUAACUUGCUCAGCGCCUGGGUGCCUCUGGUCAACAGGGCCAAAGUGGCGAGUUUUAUAUACGCAGGAUCUCCCUUGGGCACAGUCAUCGCGUUGCCCAUAGCCGGUUUUCUCUGCAGCACCAGCUGGGGUUGGCCCUACUGCUACUAUCUUUUCGGUGGAGCGGGUAUACUCUGGUGCAUAAUUUGGUAUUUCGUCGGAUCCGACAGUCCCCAGAAACAUUCCAAAAUAUCGGAAAAAGAGAUUUCCUAUAUCCACCACGGGACUAACGACGAGGACAGAGAGAACGUUCCGACGCCAUGGAAGCACAUUUUGAAAUCGCUGCCAUUCUGGGCCAUCCUGGUAGCGAAUUCUGGUAACAUCUGGGGCUACUGGACUUUGCUGACCGAAAUUUCUACCUAUAUGGAGAAGGUUUUAGGUUUUAAUAUAGCUUCGAAUAGUGCACUAUCUUCCCUUCCGUACUUAACGUACUGGCUGUUGAGUAUAGCCAUGGGACAUAUAGCCGACUAUUUAGUAGUAAAGAAGAUAACUUCGAUUAAAAUAAGUAGGAAAAUUUUCAACUCGAUAGGAUUAUUUGUGCCCGCUUUGGCUCUGACCAGUCUCGUCUUCGUCGGGCCUACCGAGAAAUACCUUACUAUAGUAUUGCUGGUGACGGCGGUUGGAUUCAACGCUGCUACACUAUCUGGGUUCAACGUGAACCACAUAGACAUAGCUCCUGUACACGCUGGGACUCUUUAUGGCCUGGCUAAUACUGUGGCUACGCUGUGCGCUAUUUUGGCCCCGCUGACCGUCGACGCCAUAGCCUACAUCACGGGGUACCAGGAGACCGAUAAGGCGCUGUGGAACAUAGUUUUUGUCGUAGCAGCGGGGAUAUACGCCGUAUCUGGCCUAUUCUUUGACGUAGGAGCAUCGGGGAAGAUUCAGCAUUGGAACAAUUUGAACGUAAACAGAGAACAACCGAUGAAAAUGACUGUGAUUGAGAAUAGCAAGUGAUCUAACAGACUGAUUUAGUAGGAUUAGUUAUUUAUUGAUACAUUUUUGUACUGCCAAAUAGUUUUUUAAAAUAAAUUGUAGGUAUUAAAUUCA